GACGUUUCUUUUUGUGAAGUUUUGACCGUAUGCCAACGCGAUCGAACGCGUUCGCGAAAACAGAAGCGGUUAGAAGCAGAGCGAGUAGCGUUGGCGUAACAGCCAGUCAAGAACACCGUUUGAUUGUCAGCCAAGGGGCAUUUCAACGUGCUCGUAAAGAUUAUUUCGAGAUCAUAAUACAACGAGAUAUAUAACGGUUUCGUUGUUUAUUUUUCAUCCCCGGGUGUUCUUUUAUAAGAGCGCUUCACGCGAUAAUUUUGUUUGUAAACAAAGCGAUGACGACUGAGAACAAAAACAAAAGGAGAUGAGGCGGGACUGAAAGAGCGGACAGCUGUGAAGAAUCAAGAACAACUGAGAAGAGCAGAAAGGAAAAGCUAACGUGUGGAUGCAUCUGACAUGCUCCGAAUUCUGCUAGUGAUUGGUGUUUGAUAAAAGCAUAAGCACAAAUUAAGUUGAACAGUUGAACACACCGAUUGAUUUUGUAAAACAGAAGAGGUAGAUAGUAACACUAAUCCAUUCUUAGAAGACAAUAAUCUUGGCUUAGUCUUCGAUAUCAUACACGAUAAACAAUGGAUUGCAGCUCGCUAAUCGCAUUCGACUUUGAUCACACCAUCUGCGAGGACAACUCCGACAUGGUAGCGCGAAAGUUAGUAUCUGAGGAGAAAAUACCGGAGAACGUGAGGAGUUUGUAUCAGUCAAAUGGCUGGCUCACGUACAUGAACAAGAUCUUCGAGAUCCUGCACAACAAUUCCAUCGACAAGAAGCAGAUCAAGAACGCCAUCGUUGCUAUUCCAGCGGUCAAGGGCAUGGAGACGCUUCUCGCUACUCUGCACGCCAACGGCCACGAGAUCAUCAUUAUCAGCGACUCCAACUCUUUGUUCAUAGAUUGGUGGCUGAAGAGUAAGAAACUCGAACACACUGUGUCGCGGAUCUUCACAAAUCCAGCUUGGUUCGACGACGACGGCAGGUUGAAGGUGGACAGAUAUCACACGCAGCGCAGUUGCGAGCUUAGCAGCAUCAACCUGUGCAAGGGGAAGAUAUUGAUAGAUUUUAUUAAUGAAAAACGUGCACAGGGCAUAUACUACGAUAGAACGAUCUACAUUGGCGACGGCAAGAACGAUCUAUGCCCGAUCUUGCGUCUCUCAGAGGCCGAUUUGGCCUGCCCGCGUAAGGACUAUGUACUCAUUAAGUGUUUGACUAAAUUACCUCGUGACAUGCACUCAGAGGCGAGCAUCGUGGCAUGGAAGGACGGUACGGAUUUGCUGAAAGAGCUGGAAGAGGCUCAGAGAAUGGUAAAGAAAAAAUAAUUCCGCGCCAAAGAUAAAUGAGGAAGAUACUCUUCCUCGUUGAGUCACUCGAUGCGAGAAAGGGGCUCGCGUUAUGUUAUCAUGCUAAUUAACCGGAGUCGAACUUAUUAAGCAUUAUGAGAUGUGUAACCAAUUGUACUCGCUUUCUUAAUUUUCUAUUUGCACCGUCGAAUUUUCCGUAUAACUUGUUCGAAUACAUAUUCAUCAGUUAUGUUAUUAGGGAAGAUAUCGUCGUUCUCGUGAAACUGCUGCAUCUAUCAUGCGAGGAUAGCGAAUGAAUUAUUUGUAUAGACGAUCCCACAUUUUAUAUCGUUACAAAUUGAGGAUGCAAUUGAAGAUGUUACUGCAAAUAUUAGUAAUAAUAACUAGAGUAAAUCUCGGCUAAAUAGUUUUCCAACCGAAGACAUGAUGCCAUUACAUAAGUGAUGUAAAUGUUAUUUUACAUGUAUAUAACUAUCUCUAGGAAUUAUAUCAGAGGUUGUUCUUGUAUAUCGAAUAUAUAUAAGCAGUGCAUUUUUCCAAAUAAAGUUAUUUCUUGAUAGAAAGGUUGUUCGUUACGAAUUUAGUAAGACUUCAUGCGAAGCACAAGAUUCGACCUG